AGUGUUGUUUCAUGGAAAACCAGGGGCGAGGGUCGAUGUAGAGAGAGAGAGAGAGAGAGAGAGAAAGAGAAAGAGAGUUGUAUCAAAUACAUGAAGCUUUAAAUGCGAGUUGGUUGAUUUGGUCUCCUUGCAGUUUUCUCUUACGCACUAAGCAUACCCAUCUCUCUUUUCUUUCUAUUCUAUAAUAUUUAAGCAUCCGUCUUAAGCUCGUUCCUGCAAAUCCAUCCAACACAAUUCUUAUUUCCUCUCUGCAAUAAUGGAGGCUUAUGGAUACCCAUCCCGUUUUUCUCUCUCUUCAUUGUCUUCCUUUGGUAAUUUCGUCGAACGAGUUAAAGACGCCUGCAAUUUUGCGCUCUCUGCGGUUGUUGGGAACAUCUUCUCCGCGAUCUUAACCUUCUUUUUUGCAUUAGUGGGCACUUUGUUAGGGGCAUUGACAGGAGCGUUAAUCGGCCAAGAAACUGAGAGUGGAUUUGUUCGUGGAGCUGCUGUCGGUGCAAUAUCUGGUGCUGUUUUCUCAAUAGAAGUGUUUGAAUCUUCUCGUGUUCUUUGGCAAUCUGAUGAGUCUGGAAUUGGCUGCCUACUCUACUUGAUUGAUGUGAUUGCCAGCCUUUUAAGUGGGAGACUUGUACGUGAACGCAUAGGUCCAGCCAUGCUAAGUGCAGUGCAAAGCCAGAUGGGAGCUGUUGAAUCAAGCUUUGAGGAGGGACCUAACAUAUUUGACACCGGCGGUUCAAAAGGGUUGACGGGAGAUUCGGUAGAGAAGAUCCCAAAGAUUAAAAUAACGAGCCACAACAAUGUGGAUGGUUGUGGGGAAAAAGUGUGUUGUUCGGUUUGCCUUCAGGACUUUCAGCUUGGCGAAACAGUGAGAAGUUUGCCCCAUUGCCAUCACAUGUUUCACCAACCUUGCAUAGAUAAGUGGCUCCUCAGGCAUGGAUCUUGUCCCUUGUGCAGAAGGGAUCUCUGAUCUUCUUGUAAAUUACACUUUAGGAAACAAACACAGCUUUUCUUUUUUUCUUUUUAUAAAUAUUGCUUAUAGAGUUAUUAACUCUCUUCUUUUAGUAAUUAGUAAGUAUGCCACCCUUGCAGGAUUCGUGUAUCAUUCUACUCCUCUACCCAUCUAUAAAAUUUUUUGACUUCCUCUU